AUGUUGCACUCGUUUCAACGUAGUCAAAACAGCGACCAGUUUGCCAAAUAUGUGCUUUAUGUCAACAAACAAGCUAUCUCUUUCCUUAAGCGAAACAAAAAUAUUAUUAUUCUCUCAGCGGACAAAGGCAAUGUGACUGUAGCGAUGGAGCGUAAUGAAUACGAUGACAAAAUGAGUGUACUUCUCUCUGACCGAAGUACGUAUUGGCGUGUUAGACAUAACCCAACAACAACACUACAAAACCGAAACAAUGAGUUGGUUAAGUGGCUCAACAACAACAACCACAUAGACGAUAAGGAAAAGAACAAAAUGACAACAUACACCGCGCAGCUUCCCUCUAUCUACGGACUACCAAAAACGCACAAACCAAGCAUGCCCAUGCGUCCAAUUGUAUCAUCUUUGAAUUUACCAUGCUAUGAGCUUUCCAGAUUUGUUGGUAGAAUUUUACAAUCAGUGACGAAUGAAACAAAAUACACUGUAAAAAAUUCUUACGAAUUUGUUGACAAAGCGAGAAAUGUUAAAUUACAAAGUAAUGAUGUAUUGGUCUCGUUUGAUGUUAUUUCAUUAUUUACUAACAUCCCAGUACAAUUGGCUAUUAAUAUUAUUAAAAAGAAAUGGGAUACGAUUAGCAGACAUACCAAAAUCAGCCAAACUAAAUUUAUUGAAAUCAUGGAUUUUUGCUUAAAAGACAACAACUAUUUGCAGUUUAAGGACAUUAUCUACAAACAAAUUUUUGGAAUGCCAAUGGGUAACCCUCUUUCGCCCACUAUUGCUGAUUUGGUAAUGGACCAUUUACUUGACGAAUGUUUAACUGGAUGUAAUGCAAAACCAAAUUUUAUAGUGAAAUAUGUUGAUGACAUAUUUGCGGUUAUGGACAAAUACAAAGUCGCAGACUUAUUAUUGAUCCUGAACGGAUUCCACUCCAAACUACAGUUCACUGUUGAAAACGAAAACAACAGUUCUAUAUCGUUCCUUGAUGUCAAAAUCCACCGUAUGGACACUCAAUUGUCGUUUGAUUGGUUUCAAAAACCAACAGCAUCAGGACGUCUGAUCAACUUCCGGUCCAACCAAGCCAAACACAUAAUCUUCAACACAGCUUCCAAUUUAAUUAACAAAGUUUUUACGUUAAGUGACGUAAGAUUCCACCAUUCAAAUACCAUCAAAGUGACCAAAAUUUUAAGCGACAACGGUUUCCCGCCAGCAAUUAUUCGUGGCUUAAUUUUACAACAACAAUGCAGACGCGCUAAACAACAAAGUGAGGAUAACAACAAAGGAUACUUCAAAAGCAUUGUUUACGUUCCAAAACUGGCUGAGAGUUUUAAGCAAGUUGUCACCAAAAACAUCCAAGAUGUCCGAUUGGCUUUUAAAUCUAACCAGACAAUUAGACACCUUUUCACCAAACUAAAGACCAAAAUAGACAGAGAUAAACGCACUGAUGUGAUUUAUAAAAUAAACUGCAAAGUCAGUAUUUCAGCAGAACUUCAAUCUGACUUCGAAGAUGUUGUCCCUCAGUUAUCAAUGAAGAAAAUCGAAACGGUUGGCAAGCAAUAG